AACCUUUUUCUAAGUUCUGAUACCACAUGUCUUUUUCAUUGUCUAGAUUAUGCUGGGCAAAAAGUACCCAAGACCCUCGUAUUGCCAUGGGUCAUCAGUCCCCACUAGAAAAAAAAAUUGUGAGUUUAGGUGGUCUGCAUACUCCAGCAUCAAGAAAUCUGUUAGCUCAAAGACAUAAAGAGGAAAAUGAGUCACUCUCUAGGGAAAAGGCUAUGUCUUUUGACUACCAACUUGCUAAAGCAGAGACUUAUUACUAUUCAAGAAUAAUGGAAAUGGUAAAUGAAAAGAAUGAAUUUAAGAAGCCCAGAAUUGAGUUAUUAAAAUCAUCAAAAAGCCAGAAAAAUGCAGGAGCUGAAGAAUGGGACUAUUUAGUACCAGAGAGAGAGUUACAACAAAUAGAGAGUCACAUACGCAGAGCAGAACAGGCCAGAUCUAUCAAAGAUUCAAAAUGUAAAUCAUUAUCCAGUAUCCCUAACAAAAUACAUUUUCCUAAACUCCUAUUACCUGAAAGUAAGAGGAAUGCUUUCCAAAACACCCCACCCACUAGAAAGAAAGUAAGAGAGUGGGAGCGGGAUCAGCAAACUAAAGAACAUCUAGAACGUAUGAAUCGAGGUAGAGAAUGUAAUGAGGAAAGGGCCAAAGAAAGACUUUCUGUAAAAAUCCCAAAUCCUCCUCCUCCAAUUCAAAAGCACAUAAAGAAGAAGAACCAUAAAAUGUAUGAAUGGAACACUGCUUAUCCACUUCUUCAACCUCAGGAUGGAAGUCCAAUUGAAGUGGAUAUCCUUGUGCAAGAACCAGAAAAGAAAGAUGUAAGAAAAAAUAAAAAGCGAAAAGAGAAGAAUUUCUCUCACCUGAAACCUGUGAAUGCUGAUUCGAAAUCUUACCGCAUUGAAGAUGCUAUCUGUCGAGAUCUGCUUGAUAAAUUACUUGUGUAUCUACAAACCUGGAUAAGAGAAAUGAUUCUGGGAUUACUGGAGGGUCGAAUUGACAGACAGACAUGCAACCUCUUGCCGAUCAACUACAAGACUAAAUGUAAAACGGGUUCUCAACCUGGGUCCACAGACCCCUUUGGAUUCCUGGGAUCCUGUGAAUUUGAACUGAACCUAAAAUUGUCACAAGCAGAUGAGCUUCAUCUGGCAAACUACCUAGAGCAGGUGAGCAUCCUACGCAUGUGUUUUAUUAAUCACCCAGUGUGGGACCUCAUGCCAGGUACUGGCCAUGCAAAUAUAGACAGGAGGCAGAUGUCGCCCUCAUGGAACUUCAGCUUUAACAGGGGCUGCUGCAUCAUGUGUCGGGGGAGAGUGGUGGUCAGCGAGAGGAGCCUUGGGACAGACCAUUACAGGCAUUGCAAAUAG